AUGUCGAAACGAACGGCCGACGCCGAGAACGGCCAUGGCCCUCUCAAGAGCGGCGAUCGCCCCGAGCAAAUGGACAUUGACGGCGACAAGGAAAUGGGCGACUUCGAGGACGAAUUCGAGGACGAGUUUGAGAGCGAAGACGAGAUCCUUGAGGCCGGCGUCGACGGACGGCCUGAUGCCGAGAGGGAGGCCGAGGAGAAAGCAGCGGCCAUGGACGUCGACCAGGGCACAUUCAUCGUCGGGCGCAGCAAGCUCGAGCCCGGCCAGACGCUCGCGCCAGACCUCUCGACGUACGAGAUGCUCCACAACCUCAGCACCCCCUGGCCGUGCCUGUCCUUUGACAUUGUCCGGGAUGGGCUCGGCGAUGCCAGAAAGGCCUACCCGGCGACCAUGUACACCGUCGCCGGCACCCAGGCCGAACACGCGAGGGCGCAGGAGAACCAGCUCAUGGUCAACAAGUUUAGCGGGCUGAGCAGGAUGGAGCGGCACGGCGAGGACGAGUCGGACGACGACGACGACGACGACGAAGAAGCAGAGCCCAUCUUGGAGAGCAAGUCGAUUCCCCUCGGCUCGACGACGAACCGCAUCCGCGCCCACCAGAUUCCCGCCUCGGAGCCCGGCCGGCCGCCCACGACGCUGACGGCCACCAUGACGGAGUCGAGCAACGUCUUCAUCCACGACGUCACGCCGCACCUGGCCUCGUUCGACAACCCGGGCACCGUCAUCACGCCGCAGCAGAACAAGCCCAUCUCGACCAUCCGGGCGCACAAGGCCGAGGGCUACGCCGUCGACUGGUCGCCCACGGUGCCCGGCGGCAAGCUGCUGACGGGCGACAACGACGGCCUCGUCUACGUGACGACGCGCACCGACGGCGGCGGCUGGGUGACGGACUCGAGGGCCUUCCAGGGCCACACGGGCAGCGUCGAGGAAAUUCAGUGGUCGCCGUCGGAGCAGUCGGUGUUUGCGUCGGCCUCGAGCGACGGCACCGUCCGCGUCUGGGACGUGCGCUCCAAGUCGCGCAAGCCCGCCCUCACCGUCCAGGUGUCGGCCUCGGACGUCAACGUCCUGUCGUGGUCGCGCCAGACGUCGCACCUGCUCGCCUCGGGCGCCGACGACGGCACCUGGGCCGUGUGGGACCUGCGGCAGUGGAAGGCCGGCGCCGCCGACACGCCGCAGCCCCUGGCCAGCUUCGACUUCCACAAGGAGCAAAUCACCAGCGUCGAGUGGCACCCGACCGACGACUCCAUCAUGGCCGUCGCCGCGGGCGACAACACCGUCACCCUGUGGGACCUGGCCGUCGAGCUCGACGACGAGGAGAGCAAGGACACGGCCGGCGUCAAGGACGUGCCCCCGCAGCUGCUGUUCGUCCACUACCUCAAGGCCGUCAAGGAGCUGCACUGGCACCCGCAGAUUACCGGCAGCCUGGUGGCCACGGGCGAGGAGUUUAGCGUCUUCAGAACCAUUAGCGUAUGA